GUGUAGCCUCCCCAGUAUGACCCCCAGACUGCUCCCCUUUGCGUGACCUUCUCAAUAUGGCGCAUUUCCCGUCCUUCUUCUCACGUGACCUUCUGAACACGAUUUCCGCCGCUCCCAUGUCACGUGACCGGGCCGGCGCGCGCCUGCGCGCUGCGCUCCCCCUCCUAGCCAGACUGGAGCGCUGGUGGUUGCGAUGCUGCCGAGCGGAGCGAAGAUGGCGGCGGCCGAGGGCGGCUCGGGCUCCCGGUGCCCGCUGCUCUGAGGGGGGGUUGGGCAGCGCGGCCGCGGAGCAGGGGGAAGGGCCCCGGCUCCUGCCUUUACCCCGGGCCCUGGAGAGAGCGAGGCGGCGGCGGGGAGCUGUGGAGUGGAAUGCCAUGGCCAGUUCCUCGGACAGUGAAGAUGACAGUUUCAUGGCUGUGGACCCAGAAGAAGCAGUGGUGGAAGGGACAAUGGAGCAAGACGAUGAGCCGCAUGCUGAGCUGGAGGUUGAGGAGACCAGGCAUAACCGAUCGAUGUUGGAGCUGCCAGAAGAGGUUUUAGAAUAUAUCCUGUCCUUCCUUUCACCAUACCAGGAGCACAAAACCGCUGCCCUUGUCUGCAAACAGUGGUAUCGCCUCAUCAAAGGUGUGGCACAUCAGUGUUAUCAUGGUUUUAUCAAGGCAGUCCAAGAGGGAAAUAUUCAAUGGGAGAGUCGCACGUAUCCCUAUCCUGGAACCCCAAUCACACAGCGCUUCUCACACAGUGCAUGUUACUAUGAUGCUAAUCAGUCAAUGUAUGUGUUUGGUGGCUGCACCCAGAGCAGUUGUAAUGCUGCGUUCAAUGACCUCUGGAGACUUGACCUCAAUAGCAAAGAGUGGAUCCGUCCUCUGGCAUCAGGUUCUUAUCCGUCACCUAAGGCUGGGGCCACUUUAGUGGUGUAUAAGGACUUGCUUGUGCUGUUUGGUGGGUGGACGCGGCCAAGCCCCUACCCUCUGCACCAGCCGGAGAGGUUCUUUGAUGAAAUACAUACCUACUCGCCUUCCAAAAAUUGGUGGAACUGCAUAGUGACAACACACGGCCCCCCUCCCAUGGCAGGCCACUCCUCUUGUGUAAUAGACGACAAAAUGAUUGUCUUUGGAGGUUCCCUAGGAUCUCGGCAAAUGAGUAAUGACGUCUGGGUUCUGGAUCUCGAGCAGUGGGCUUGGUCGAAGCCAAACAUCUCUGGGCCUACCCCUCACCCACGUGGCGGCCAAUCUCAGAUCAUUAUAGAUGAUGAAACCAUUUUAAUCCUUGGUGGUUGUGGCGGUCCAAAUGCACUGUUUAAGGAUGCUUGGCUACUGCACAUGCGCACAAACCCCUGGAUAUGGCAGCCAUUGAAAGUGGAAAAUGAAGACCAUGGAGCCCCUGAACUAUGGUGUCAUCCAGCAUGCAGGGUGGGACAGUGUGUUGUGGUCUUCAGCCAGGCUCCCAGCGGGAGAGCUCCACUUAGCCCCAGCUUGAACUCUCGCCCGUCUCCUAUCAGUGCCACGCCGCCAGCCCUGGUUCCUGAAACACGGGAAUACCGCUCUCAGUCUCCAGUCAGGAACGCCGACGAAGCUCCUUGUGUGAAUGGCCGCUGGGGCACCCUGAGACCUAGAGCACAAAGACAGACACCAUCAGGCUCCCGGGAAGGGAGCCUGUCCCCAUCCAGAGGGGAUGGGUCACCUGUACUGAACGGUGGGAGUUUAUCCCCUGGAGCCACAGCGGUGGGGGGUGCUUCAUUGGACAGUCCUGUACAGGCCAUAUCGCCCAGCACACCUUCUGCUGCUGAAGGAUAUGACCUGAAAGUUGGACUUUCCCUGGCGCCGCGACGAGGAUCGCUACCAGAUCAGAAAGAUCUACGCUUAGGGUCUGUAGAUUUGAAUUGGGAUCAGAAACCAGGUUCUGUUAGCUGUCAAAUGGAUGCUGUGGACAAUAGGACAGUUGGUGGAAGCAUGAGAAAUCCCCCAGAGCAGACAAACGGAAUCCAUACCCCACCUCAUAUCACUAGUUCCCUACCAGGGGCGGUGUCACCAGGUGCACUCCGAAGAAGCCUGGAGGCUGUCAAGGCCCUGUCUUCCAAAGGUGCAUCUGGUUCAGCAGCAUUAAGUCCUCCUUUGGUGUCUUCACCAGGAUCCCCUGGUAGCCAGAGUGGGAGCAGUGCCGAGGUGGCGCCAGCACCACGCCCAGGCUCCGCCCAAGGGGAUGGCCAUUCCUUACCUCCGAUCGCUCGUCGCUUGGGCCACCAUCCACCGCAGUCUCUGAAUGUCGGCAAGCCUUUGUAUCAAAGCAUGAACUGCAAACCCAUGCAGAUGUAUGUGCUAGACAUUAAAGACACCAAGGAGAAAGGGCAAGUCAAAUGGAAAGUGUUUAAUAGCAGUUCCGUGGUGGGGCCACCAGAGACCAGCCUACACACUGUAGUGCAAGGCAGGGGGGAACUGAUCAUAUUCGGUGGCCUAAUGGACAAGAAACAAAACGUGAAGUACUAUCCCAAAACAAAUGCCUUGUACUUUGUGCGAGCAAAAAGAUAAUGUGGCAAAAGCUGUUCAACCCCUUCCCUUCCUGCCCCACCCCCUUACCAUGGCUUUCUUUUUUUAACCCUUUCUCUGUCACGCAGGCAUUUAAACUGUGAACUAGGGAACGACAAACCAAUAAAAUCCAAACACAGUUUCAGCGCUGCCCUCCAGUUUCCAGUCUAUGAUCCUGGCUCUGGGCUUGGUUCAGAAAGUCCUAUUUUUAAAAAAAAAGAGAGAAUAUUCUGUUUACAAAUGGGGAGAAAUCUCCAUUCCAGUGGGAUGAAUUGUUGCUGUGUUCUAGCAGGAGCUUCACUGCGCCUUAUCCUUUGCUGGUAACUAGACCAAGAAUUUGGGGUGAGUGGGUGGGAAAACUUCUAGGAUCCAAUAACUUCUUCAGAAUUUUUCAGGAGUAUAGAGGGGCCCUCCUCUCUCUCUCUACAAUUGCAGUUCCUAUAGGGAUGCUGGUAAGAAUGGUCUUCGAAGAACAUACUGAAUAGCUGCAGACAGGAGGCUGUGUGCUUGUAUGCACUGACAAAUACUCAUGCUUAUCUGUUGAAUGUGGCUGCAUAAUGAAAAUAGCGCUUUUUUUAAUCUACCAGUAUUGCAGCCAUUACUGUAAUCCUUAAUCUGCAAAAUGACACAGAUGCCUUUUUUCCUAAAUGCUUUGGCCUGAUAGAACUAUUCUUGUCCGAUACAAUGAGAGAGUUAGAAGGGAGAAAGGACAGUUUGACAUUGAAAUGCCAGGAUCAUCCAGAAUUAAAUUUAUACAGCCCACCUUAGUAUUCCACCGGGUAAAGUCCUGCACUAGAUCAAACCAACAGCUUGGAUUGAUGACUUUGGAACCCCUGACGGUCUUGAGUUGCAAGCUGCCGAAAUAGUGCAUACAAAUACAUCAUUGACAUUUGAAAACAGUAAAUAAUGGAAAUCACAAUUUUAGAAUGAUUUGUACAUGCGUGGUUAGGAUGUUUUAUAAGAAUCAGUGGCUAUGUGCAUCCUUAAAGCUUGACUUCUACGUUUUUCCCCCAUAAGAUUUUGUUCUGGAUCCUUUUGUUAUCUUGAGAGUGCUCGACUCCGUACUUGUACCUGUACAGACAACUGUCCUGCAGGCACUGGGAUGUCUUAGGUCAUCUUUGCUUAUCAAACAGAAAGAACAUGUGUACAGGUUCAGAUUGCUCAAAGUACUUAAGCACAUGUUGAAGUCCUGUUGACAUUAAACAUUUACUUAAGUGCUUUGCUAAACUGUAGCCACACAGACCAUAUUCAAUUCUUUUUCAUAGCUUGUUUGAGCUAGUAAUUUAUGCGGUUACUACAGUUCAAAUUCCCUGGUUCAUGCUCACAUUAAAGUUAUCCUGAUGGAUAAUGCAUCAGAAAAUAACGUUAAUCCAAAGUAACAUUACAAUUAUAUCAACCAACCAAAGCAAGGGAAAUUCAGAUGUAAAGCUGCUGCUCCAUCCUUUACUAUAGAUUACGUUUUAUCAGUUUGCUACUCCUUCAGUCUUACUCCAGAGUGCUUUCUUUUCAAUUACUUUGAACUUUUUAUAGCUUUCUUUGAGUGUACAAGACAUUUUGGCAAUCACUGAACUGGCAAAUUUUAGUCUGGAAGGGAUUUUUUCAGCCAAGUUACAAAUACCUGCAAAGUAAGGGUUGAAGUGGAAUGCUGGCCCAGCAUUAACAGCCUCCGGGGUAAUCACUGAUGCUGAGAAUUCAGUUACCUAAAUCAACAAAGACUUUAGUUCAAAUCAAUUCUGAUUCCUUUUAAUGUACACUUUUGGAUGAAUUCUCUUUCCUUCCCUCUGCAGCUUGGAAGAAUUGCAAUAGAGACCGGCUGAUCCACAGAGGGGCACCAGUUUGCCAUAGGUUUCUUUCACUAGCCUGUGAUCCUGGCUGCUUCUGAAGCCUGCAGUUUUCAUCGGACAUUGUGGAUUGUUAAAUCUGUUGGCCCCUGUUCUACAAUAGUCUCCACCCACACAGGGCCCUGUUGUAGUUGCUGGGGCUCCACACAUUGCAGGAUUCAAGGUUUAUUAUUUUUACGACUCUUUCUAAAGCAAAAACUACUUGUUGCUCACACCAGCAGGUUCAGAAAGUUGGCAAUGCUGGUUUAAAAAAAGCAGGGGAGGGACUGACAAGCUAGGCCGCACAAUGUCUCAUUAGACAAUAACGAACUAGAAAAUACACUUUGAAGCCAAUACCCAGACCUGCCUGAAAGUGAUCUGCCCCUGUGGUACACCACAUUGUGGUGUUAAUACGGUCACUGAAGCACAAAGCUCACUUUCCCUCAUCUCAUUAUAUCACGAUGGUCUCCAGCUUUGCCUUGGCCAGAGAUGUUGAGAACUGUUCCAGGUGCAUUGUAGGGCUGUUCAGAGAGAGGAGCAUUUAGUUAACUACUGAGCACGCAUAGUCCUGAAGUGGUGGUUGAGCGCUGAGAAAACGUUCAGAAACUGCCUGUAUUCCUUGAGCAGACUAAUCACAAAAUAAAUCUUAAUACAUAUGUGGCAUAAAAGUAGGAAAUCCUUUCCUAAUCACAGUGAAACCUGCACACUGGGCAGAUCUGUGAUAGUUGUCAUUGCAUUGGAUGUACCACGAAGUGGCUCCUUUAAGAUUUCCAAUAUGAUUUUGUUUGGACUUUUAACUGUCUCCACUGGGCCACUGAGUUUUGCUGGACCUUUGGUGGUCACUGAAAACAGUUUUUUAAAUCUAGAAUCACAAGCCUUUUUAAAGGGAAAAAAACCCUUCUCUAACUCCAGUAUUCUUUCCCAUUCUGCCCCAGCUGUAUUUGUUUGUUCAACAAGCCCCAAAUGGUUUCUUUGAACCUGAUGGUUUAAAAAUGAAAGAAACCCAACCAUGGCUUUAUAUUUAUCUCCAGGCCUCCAGUAAAACCUGUCUCCGUUAGACUGAAAGGCACUGAAGGUACCUCUUUGUACACUGCAUUUUCAGCACACAAGACUGCUUCAAUUUCUGUGUUCAUCUUGAGUGCAAGAAUCAGUUUUGUAAAAUGCAAAGGUUGUGGUGGGGUGGUUUGAAACCCUUUUACGGGACGAAACAAAUUCAGCCACUGUUGGUUUGUUAAUGCUGGACUGGGUUUAAUGCAAACCUGGUCUAUCUCCCAGAUCCUCCAGUGUCACUUGAGCCUUGAAAAAUUGAUUUUGAGGGUGUGAGCUAUAUUUGAAUGCACCUUUAAUGCUGUUAUAUAGAAUCUUUAUUAAGUCCAGCUCUGAUUAUAUUUAACAUGUAAGCCAGUUUUGUCUCAAUUAAAUGAGACAUCCCACCUUACAGUAUCUUUAUCAAUAUUUAAAAUGUUCCUCUUCAAGCUUUAACCCCUUCUAUGGCUCCAGAGGGGCCUUUCAUGAUGAUGGCAUUGGGUUGACUGCUGUUGCUUAACGUAGCAGAGGUGGGUAGCCAGUGUUCGGGGGUUUUUUGUUUUUGUUUUUUCCUCCUCUGCCCCAGCUUGAUCAGAACUCCAUUGUGAUUUCCCUAUACAGGAUGAGAUUGACAUGUUUCAUUUGCAUGUCUGUCUUUCACCCAGGGUUGUUUGAGAGCAAAAACUGAAAGUUUUAAAAAGCCAACUGCUAGUGAAUUUACACUGAUGUCUGUCACUAUAGGAUUUAUACCCUUCCCCACAGACACACACAUCAUACCCCAGCCCUCAAGUGCUCGAAGUUCACUGCAGAAGAUAAAACUGUACAAAGUGACAUAGGAAGUGGUCUGGAUAAUUCUAUGGGCAAUUAUAAUAGCUUCAUACCAGAUUGCAAGCCACAUGGAAACUGUAAGGGGUCUUCCCGGUCUUGCUUGUGGCAUUUCCCAAUUCAUAUUUCCAUCUGUUCUAGUCCGUGUGGUGAUCCUGGCAUGAUGAUGUUUCACUGCUUUGCUUCAUUUGUGGCCUCUUUACCAACACAUUCAUGUUCUGCUAGCUCAGCAGACUGGAGUGGAAGGACCCAGGAACACAAAAAGCAGUCCCUUUGCCUUUCCCUCCUCUGCCCUGUGUGUGUUGCAGAAGGCAUGUUCUGCAUGGUUUCAACAUGGUUCCCAAAGUGGUCUCUAUGAAUGACAGAAAUGUGGGUCUUUAUUUCCUCCCCCAUCCUGUCCCCAGACAAACAGGUUUCGUGUAAUACGCACAAAGUGUGAUCCAAUGUCGCUGGUGCUGUGACUCAGGUGUACAGGAUGACUUUGCCCUACUCGUCAUUUUAGGCUCAUCCAAGUGUAGGAAUGAAAAGUGGAUUUCAUUGAUAUUUAAAUGUGUAAAUUUCAUUUUUGUUAAUGUUUUCCCCCCAAUGAAUUUUUAGCAAUUUAACAAAUAAAUAAUAAUAAAAAGA